CACAAAUUGUCUCUUGCAGUGAUAGUGAAACCUGGAGAGAAUGGACAGAUCAAGCGGUGAGGUGUACAGUGGUGGAACUUCUCAAAGAUUAUAACCAGUCUAAGCUAGCUCAGAUAUGCCCUCUAUCUCAGUCCAUGAUUUCCUACAUAGCGAACGCCAAAUACAAAGCUUCUAUCAGCAGUGAGAAAUGCGAGGAGUUUGGAAAAUGGUACCAAACUUUCAACAUGCAGAGAUUGAAGAGUCCAGAACAGCACCUUGAAACCAGCAACACCAAGGUCACCUUCCACCCCUCCCUGGAGGUACCCCUCCUGCGGGAAUGGUACCAGGACUUCCCGCACCCUCCAGAGGGCCUCCUCCACCAGUACUGCAACGUCCUCAACAACAUGGAGACGAGGAAGGGUGGCAAGAAGCCCGUCGAGCUCAUGCAUCUCAAGAACUGGUGGAAGAAUGAGAGGGCCAAGCACAAACGACAAUCCAUCGGCCAGCAUUCCUUGAAGGAGGACCACUCAUAGUACAAUGAACUCCCUUGAAAGGACGAUAUGAUAAAGACUAUUGAUUCGGGGGGAAGCGUUUCAUCAACAUUUUUCGUCUGAUAAGUUGUCGGAUAUGACAACAUUCCUUGAUUUUGAUUGGCUGAGAAGCACGGUUCCUUUGAAAACUUGCACUGGGAUGGCCAAACACAAACAACAAUCCAACAUCGGUGGAAACCAACAUUCCUUGUAGGAAGACCACUAGGACUGAACAAUAUUAAAAACCAGUGACCUGUUGCUUGAAUGUCAUUUUGCUCCGUGAUGAGGGCCAAACAACAAUCCAUCGUCAGCCGGGUGGUAGCCACUAGCUAGCCAGCCUUCCUCGAAGGAGGACCACUCAUAGUGCAAUGAACUCUUUUGAAAGGACGAUAUUAAAAAUCUACCUGUGGGGUUGAUCUUUUGCACCCAGGCAAUGAUAUCUCCUUGUCAUGUUGUACAGGGAACGCAGAUUCCUCAGUAACUUCGGGAAAUGGGAGGCAACUACAAUAGACUCUGUGCAAGACAACCUUCUUAAGUCAAACAAAUAAUCAUGAAUCCAGAAAACUUCAAGCAUUAUUUCAGACUAGAAUAUGCAAAAACAUGUGUUCAUGCCAUCUUCUAUUAGAGUCAAAUGUUGCUAAAUUGAUUUGUGUAGUCUGAUUUUUGUUGUCUUAAAGCGACCUUUCAUUGACAAAUCAUGGAGAAAUCAAGGCUAAUCUCAGAACAGAGAAGGGAUUCAAGUCUUUCACUCGGCUGCAUGCAUUGGGGUGUUAUGUAAUAGAUGCCGGCAUGUUUGAAAGGUCUAAUAAAGGAGAGCGAUAGUCUGUAGACUAACCAACCAGAAGUAAACUGCAUGUUUUCACUUUGAAACAAGUAACUUCACAGAGGUUAUUUUGGUUUGGCAAUUAAGAGACCCUCUAAGAGUCUAGGAAUUGGGAUUGUUGGAAACGAGAACUGCGACGACCCAAAGUAAAUAACGAUCACAAAUUCGGUCAAAUUUGUGCUGUCCGAACUUCUAUAGCAUUGCCAUUAGUCCGACAGGGUCUCAUGACGGACGGAUCGUAUUAUGCAAGUCAACUGGCCUUUUGCAAAUUUCGUAUUGAUUCAAUUUCCCCAUGAUUUGUCAAUAACAGGGCGCUUUAAGAGAAUCUACUUCGGCAGUCUACUUUAGCUUUGUGGAGUGUAAGAAGGGGAACAUGAUAUGAACCCCUUCAAUGAUAAUAUCUUACUUAACAGUCUCACUUUCUUGCACUCAUUAACCCACCCCACCACCACGGAUACCUAUGCCAGCCCCCAUCCCCCCGGUUACAAAUGGGCUGGUUCCAUGGUAUGUUUAUGAAAUUAUUACACUGUCAUAGAAGUGUUCUCUCAAGGCCACCGCACAUCUUAUGACUGGUCUACGAUCUGCUUUCAGAAAAAAUCAUCUUCUGCUCAUUUUCUGACAAUGUCAAUGAUAAGUACAUGCCCGAGUACAUGUAUCUGAAUUUUAUUUGAGGUUCAAAUUAACUGUAAAAAUACUAAUAGAAUUUUUUUUGAUAAUUGCAAGCUUUUAUUUUGUUUCCUAGGUAAUUGGUUAUAUACCAGCUUGGCGUUUACCAGCACAACGCUGUCCUGACAAGUUCCUACGGGAGUUACCAUAAACAGAAACAGAGAAAAGUCCAAAUUAGUUUCAAGUCAUAGCCAAUCGUACGAUUGCAAUGAUGUCAUUACGACUAGAUAUAAAAUUCACUUUUAUACUAAGGAUGAUAGCAUGGUCACAGAUUUGAAGUCAUUGGUAUUUGUAUGAUGAUUUAGAACUCUACAGAGCAAGAUAUUCCAUGUCUCAGUUUUAGCAUCAAAUUCUGCAACGUCUUAUUCCAAAAUCGGGUCGCAGACAAAUCGUAAAGUGAGCGGUGGCAUUUAGUCUGUAUUUAUUCUGGUUGUAGUUGAAUAUGAUCUACAGAAUGAAUAUUGGGAUGAGCAAUUUGCAAAUUCAGUAUUUUUAAAUCGAAAUGCUGAAAAUAAAGAGGCAGCUAGCUCAGUCGGUAGAGCGGGGGAUUCGUAUUUCGGUGACCCGGGUUCGAUUCCCACUUGGUGCGCUAGUGCCCUUUGGUAAGGCAUUAAUCUUCAUUACCAGGUCCUUCGGAGAGGACCUUAAGCUGUCGGUCCUCUGGUUGCUUGCUUACAAGCAUUCAUGCUUUCUUAGCAAUCAGGUAAAAAUCCCAAUCAAUCAAUCAAUCAACUUUUGUAAAAAAAAAAAUGAAUUCUUGCCGUGUUUAUACUUCCUAAGCAGAAAUGCUGAUCGUAAACUUACCCCCAAAAAUCAGCGUUUAGUUGAAAUGAAAAAGGAUGCUUUUUUUCUUUCUAAAUAAACAAGCAAAACAAUACCUAUUUGGACUGGAAAAUGUGAAGCAUUAAAACACUCAGAAAUUUGUGUAUUGGGCAUUAUAUCAUGAAAUAAUAAAAAUAUCAAAGUAGAAAGUGAGAUUUUUCAUUUUUUAUAUAGCUCAUAGGUAUUAUGAAGGUGGGAUCCUUAAUCACCUUUUGGAAAAUGGUAACAUUGAUAUAUCGGAUGAUGAUUAUGACCAUUAUAACAGAAGAGACUGAAUAUUUUAUAUUCAUUCAAGCGGAAUAUAAUCAUGAAGUCACUGAAUGAAUUAAUUUCAA